AUGCUAACCUCCAUUUUACUUCUAACAGCCUUGUUUGCCGUCGCUCAGUCAACGACAGAGUGGUGGGGAGACCUUCGAGCUCAACUCAAUCCCACACGGGCACAGCCUUUCUACGACGUCAUUUACGAUGAAAAAGGUGCGAAUUUUCUUCUUUUCUCAGUUUUAUCCGCAAAGGACCAACAAUGAUUUUUUGUAACUUGAUUGCCGAUCCUUUUUGCACUAGAGCCAACAAAAUGUUUCAGUGGGCACCUGUCCACAAGGACUCCGAGCGGACGCGAUACCGGAGUAUGUCUACUUCGGCACGAUGCUGGCGACGAUGACGGUGGACGAACACGAGCAGUGUCUGCAGCGCUGCUCGGAAAAGCCACGUUGCAAGGCCGUCAACUUCUUCCAUCCGUUCGCCUAUCAAGAGAAAGGCUUCUGCGAGCUUCUCACUGAAGGACAACGCGACAAUCCGAGCCUCAUGCGUCCUUUCCGCAAAGCCACCUACUAUGAGCGCAUCCGAUGCCGUGAACCUGAUGACGUCGAAGAUGAUGCCGACGAUGAAAGUGAGUCGUCCUGUUUCUUUUGUCUGACGGACUAUUUGUAAGAGUAAUGACAAAACGAUUGAAAAAUACUUUAAUAACCAGUUAUGGAAGACCCUUCGGGUACGACAACUUCAUUCUUUCGUCUUUCCCUCUUUACUUUUGCGCAUUAGAAAUUCCUGUUCUCGACACUUAGUUUUCUAUUUCUUUGCUCUCGUACAUCAACAACGCCGCCAACUUCCUUUUUAUAACAGCCAACAAAUUGUUUGAAUUUGCAGAAGUGCCCGUGGAAAUUUCAAACGUGAAGAAAAUCAACAUGAGCGACUUGAUGAAGAAGCUCUCCGCAAAAGUCAAAGAGUUCAACGCUUCUGGAGGCUUCCGCGCCGCCCGAAAGUGA